CCACCCAACGGAUAUUCAUAUUCAUAUAUAUCUCCAAUCCAAUCCCAUGAGAAAAAUUAUUUCCAAACCCUCCACCACCAGCUGCUCAGAAUUAAAGCAAUACAAGACUAGCUCAAUUAAAAUCACCACCAACCAUACAUACACACACACAGCAUCUCCAGUCCACCGCCAUUAAUUACUCACUUACAAAAAGAAAAAGAACGACUGAAAGAUUAUUGAAGUUCAGAAAAAUGGCCGAAGAAUGCAGAGAAAGUACUUCUUGUGUUGCAAUCUCUUCUUCCUCUCCACAGCUAGCACAACCAAACUGGUGGGAUCUCCAUGCAGCUGCAGCUGCAGGGGCAGCAGGCUCUCAGCUCUCUUCAUGGAGCAACUUGGGUAUCAACCCAUGGCAGCCGCAGCCGCCGCAGCAGCAGCCAAACCAGAAGUACUCCAACUCUUCUAAUAAUUGUGAUGAUGUUGACCAGGAUGUUUCAAUCUCCAGCACUUCCUUUACCAAUGCCUCCAACCACUCAAGCCUUAGCGUUGACUCCUCUCGCAGACUGCAGGUUGCUGAUCAGCGUUCUGCGUCUCCCAACAACGAUAUGAUCAACGGAGAGCAGGUUUCUGACAAUCAUAUUUGGAACCAUGUUCUCUUAAGCGUUAAUGGAAACAAUGAUUUACACCACAAUGAUCAUGAUGUUGGAGAGAAUUUUCUCGAUGCGCUGUCGUCCAAGAGCUUGUCAACUGAUCAUGUCAUGUAUGAACCUGCUUGCGACUACUUGAAGAAACUGGACAACAGUACUUGGGAGUUCACAAAGUACGUCUCAGCUGCAUCGAAUAAUUUCAACAGUUUCGAGAAGCAAUUAAAUGGAGGGUUUAUGGAGAACAACAACAUGAAUAAUAAUGUUAAUAUUGAGAACGAAAGGUUAACCAAGUUGUCAAAUAUGGUGAACACCUGGUCCAUUGCGCCCCCAGAACCACAGCUAGUUAUGGAUCAUGAUCACCAUCACUACUUGAAGCCGCAAGCGUUCAUCAAUAACGAUUCGACUUCAUGUGAUGCUCAGAUGGGAAAUAAUAAUAUUACAAAUAGAAACUCCGGAUCGAGUUUAUUUCCAAGUUAUGGUAGCAAGGUUGAGGCUGCAUGCGUAGCAGGAGGAGGAGGAGCUAUACAUGGAAUAACACCGUCGUUUGGUAAUAAUACUAAUGGCAUUGAAUAUCAGAUUGGCCUCAACAACGUUAACGCAAUGGUUGCAGAUCACCAUAACGGCAAGUACUUGUAUGGAAAUGGAUCAAUUUUGCCCGAUUCUUAUUCUUCAUGCGGUGCUACGAGUGCCGGUGCCAGAAAUUUUGCAGAUGUUAUAUCUUUUAGUAGCCGAUUAGGCAACAAGUCGGCCUUGGUUGAUAUUCAUGCACCCAAGCCCUGUUUCAAAUCUUCCAACUUAUCUGAUCAGUAUUCUAAGAAGCAAGCUUCCUCGACAAGAGUGAGUGGUGGAAGAGGACAAGGUAUUGCAAAUGAAGGAAAGAAGAAAAGAACGGACGACACAUCAUCAGAAACAGUCUUGAAAAAGCCUAAGCAAGAAACUUCUACAGUUUCAUCAUCUGUAAAGAUGCAGGCACCAAAAGUCAAGCUCGGGGACAGGAUCACGGCCCUUCAACAAAUCGUGUCUCCAUUUGGAAAGACUGAUACUGCAUCUGUACUAUAUGAAGCGAUUCAGUACAUCAAGUUCCUGCAAGACCAAGUGCAUGUGCUAUUGAAUAGCCCUUAUUUGAAGACAAAUUCACACAAGGAUCCAUGGGCGACCGAUAGAAAAGAUCACAAGGGAGAUGCAAAGGUUGACCUCAAGAACAAAGGCCUUUGCUUGGUGCCUAUUUCAUGCACACCUCAGGUUUAUCGUGAGAAUACAGGAUCAGACUAUUGGACACCAACAUAUAGAGGAUGUUUGUAUAGAUGAACUAUAAGAUUACUUUAUAUUUCAUAUUUUCUUGCUGUCAAUGUGAUAGUUAUAGUGUAGAAGAAAAAAGAAAAAAACAGCCUCACUGCAUGCAUGUUAAGUUUAUAUCUUCUCAAAAGAAUGGGAAGCAACUAUCUUGUAUUAUGGCUUUAGGCUUAUGAUUAAGAUUCAGCUGUGGCCUAAUUAAUAGUUACUACUUCACAUUUGCAUAAUGCAUA